AGCAUAUACGGAAGAAACUGGGCUUGAUCCCUGGAUAAACUCUAAAACUUCCGAAUCUAAACAAAUCGAAAAUGCUGAUAAUCAUCUUUCGCAAGACUGUAUCAUCAAAAUUUUCAAGUUUCCAGAAGAUAAAGGUAUAAUCCAUGAAACAAUACAUAAACGAUUCCCUUUCUUGAGAUAUAUUAAAUCGAAUGCAUGGUAUCGAGAUGUUUUUAAAUAUACAGAUCCAGAAGAUAAAUGUCUGAUAUGCAAUGAAGUACAUACACGUUUAGGUAUGUGGGGUGACUGGAACUGUCUAGGAAAAAAUGAUCACUAUUUUCUCAACUGUCCUUUUCGCAUUGAUCAUAAGAAAGUUAUAAUUGCCAUACAGAAUUUGCUGAAAACUCAAGUAAGGGUAUCAAACAAAAUUUGCAACUCCUCAAUCCCCAAGACUGAUCCAAACAAAACUCGCCUUUAUCAACAUGCCGUCAAACAUAAAAUAGAUCCCGAGAAAUUUGCGGUCAUUGCUGAAGCUGAGAAAAAAAGAUGGGAUGGAAAAUGUUUUUGUGGGGAUUUGGAAAGAGAUAUACGUUUCUAUCGUGGUGAAAUAGAAAGAAAGGAGGAUCCUAGAAAAUAUCAUAAAUUUUUAACAGAUCGGGAAAGGCUGGUUGGUGAAGAGUUAUUACGUCGCAGUAUAAUAAAAAGCGGAUUAAGUACCGCAUGGCUAGAUGAUCUCAUGAAUGAAUGGGAAAAAAUUCAUAAUUAA